UAAAGCUCUGGUUACAGUACUCAAUACACACCUUCAGCAGUCAUCCACAUUGCCAGGUCUAAUAAACCAAGCUUUGACACAGCACCAAUAUGUUGAGGAGUCUGUGAAAUACAUCUACAAGGAUCUUUCCAAAAUCUAUUAUAUUUCUGUUUGAAGUGACUAAAACCUCAAACAUCACUGAUGUAAAGAUGAUGGUUUUACUGAAACAUCGGCGCUACAUGACCGCACUCCUGAGCUCCACUACCAUCUUGUUACUUCUGUACUUUCAAAACUAUCUGUUGGUUUUCACCUAUGGUUCUUACGGCUUCAUCUCCAAUAAAGUUCCGUGUGCAUGCAGUACCUGUGUGACAGACCGAGAAAAUGGUAACUGGUUCAGUGAGCGAUACGAUCCCAACAUUCCACUUCUGCUCAACAGCACCAACAGCGUAUUACGUGCAAACGUCUCCAGGUGGUGGAAGGAGCUACAAUCAAAUGCCGGCAGCUACACAGAGGUGGUGGAUCAGUUGUUUCCUCUCUUCCCUGAUAAAGAGCACUACUCAGAUGCCGGUCCAGAUCGCUGCAGAACCUGUGCUGUGGUGGGAAACUCUGGGAACCUGCUGGGAUCCAAUUAUGGUCCUCUCAUAGAUUUCCAUGACUUUGUCAUGAGGAUAAAUAAAGGCCCGACAGAGGGUUAUGAGAAGGAUGUGGGGUCAAAGACGACUCACCGGAUUGUGUAUCCUGAGAGCGCCAUGGACUUGGACAACUCCACCCAUCUGGUGCUUCUUCCCGUUAAGAUUCUGGACAUUCAGUGGCUCAUCAGUGCCUUCACCACUAAAAACAUCACACAAACAUACACCGAAGUGCCAUCUACAAUCAAAGCAAAUAAGGACAAGGUGAUGAUCCUCCACCCAGAAUUCAUAAGAUAUGUCUAUGAUAACUGGGCAGAAGGGCAUGGCUUAUAUCCAUCCACUGGUUUCUUAACACUGAUAUUCGCUCUUCACAUCUGUGACGAGGUGAAUGUGUUUGGGUUUGGAGCUACGAGUGAUGGAAUCUGGCAUCAUUAUUUUGAAAAAAUCUUGACUUCAUAUGAGAACAGCAUUCAUGCUGGAAAUUUUGAAAAUGAAACAAUCAAUUGGCUCCAACACGAAAACAAGAUUUUGAUGCACAAAGGUUGGACAUGAAGUAGAAACACUAGUACUGCACAAUAUUGCAUUGCAAUAUUGAAUUUUGCAGAUGUGCAGCAAAGACUUUCAGUUGAGAUUCCUAUUGAGAGAUCAACUAUUCAUUUCAGCUACUCAAGAGGAACCAAAUGAAAAUGUGCCAUAGACUGCUUCAUUUUUUUCUUUUGUUGAGCCUGUCGGGAUGUUCAAACACCAGAGUCACAGUGUUUUCACUUUUCUGGGAUAUCAAUCCAUGACACGGUUCACAAGAGAGUAAAUAGUAUUUAACCCAGAUGGUGGACUAAUCAUUUGUAUUAUAAUUUUAAGUGUGUUUGAUUGUUGCAAGCUAAAUACUGUGUUUAUGGAUUUGAUUACAUGUUAUUCACUUAAAAUAACUUAUUUAUUGAUUCUC